AUGUUAACCCCAGAUUAUGAAGAAGAACGCGUCCUCAUGAGAUGCAACACGAGCCUUUUGAGCAAAGCCAACAACUGUUUUACGCCACCUCCCGAGAAGGUUAUUUCCGACGUUAGUUUUCUCUUCAAAUCAUGGUGGGAAUAUGCUCGAAAAGAAAUUUGGCUUGAAGAGGACAGGGCAAAGGAGAUCGAUCGCAAGAAAUACAUUAGUGGCACAUACAGCCAGGCUGUCGCAAAGUCGUUGGCACAUGGGAGCUUUCUUUUGGCUCUUUGUGGCCAUGAACCACCUAUCAGCAGCGUCAACGACGGAGCUGACAUCCUUAGCGGUGUUCGUGCUACCAGUAGCUUCGUUAGGAGUGUUCUGACUUCCAUGGCCGCGGUGGAGACGGGGAUAUGCAACACUCCUAUCACAGCACUGGCAGACCUGAUCAGCUUUAAUCAGCUACUUAACUGGCCGCAUCUGAAUUCCAACCAGAAGGUGAAAUCACGAAAAUUAUUCGAUUCGUGGUUGGCCGCACUUGGGCCAGUAAUCAUUGUCAGCUUUGGACAGCAUGUUUAUGCUUGGCUGUGCCAGCCAACUCGACGUCAAACUCCACCUAAAUCUCUGCUCAAGGAAGUCGGCGUUGCUCGAGCAGUUCAAAUUCCAAGUGGGGGCACCAAGGCUAUCGUCAUUCCACAUUUGCACCCUGGAAGUUAUGUACGAAAACCUACCACGUCGAGUCAAGAUAAGAUUUUCUGGUAUCCUUGGGUUGCGACAUGGGUAUACAUGGACACCGCGAUGAAACUACUUUCUCGACAUGAAACUCUUCACACCUCAAGGGACGUCCUUUGUAUCGAACUUGUAACACAAGCAGAGGGAAUUUUGGAAGAGGCAGGAUACUAUGAAAGUCUUAACACAGCAAAGACAAAUUUUGUCGCUGAGAUGAAGAUGGACAGUUCGGCAACAACUAGAACACGAGAUGUGUUCGAGCAAAGCUACUGCUAUGAUCACGAUCCUAGGGCUAAUUUAACAUCAAACAACUGGGGCCCUUCAGACACCACACUCAAUAGAUGGAGACAAGUUCACAGCUUUAUCGAGGACAGCGGGUCUCUGCUAUCUGUUGACAGGCUUCACAACAAGGCCCAACAACAUAGGCGGUUCUUCGGUGUUGCGGCCAGUGUUCAUCGAUACCAUGGAGGUUUGCUUGUCGGCAAGGCGCCUAUACGCACGGCCUUUUCUUCCGACUGGAAUGACGAUGUGGGAAGUUUCAAAGACGAGUUUUCGAAACGUAUUCAGUCGUUUCAAAACGCUGUCAUCAACAGCUACAUCCACGGCUUGCCUGACUUUCUUCUCGAGCGGCAAUGGACAGCAUCAAUCAGCCUCUUGCAGACGCCUGAAGCUGAAAUGAUGCUAGAUGAUAGUGCUGACAUGCAGAGUCUAGACCAAGCACCCGUGGCCUCCUCCCUUUUUGAAACUUCUUCAACCCAUGUACACCCCCAGUACCAUUACAAACUAGCUCUUGAGCGUUGUGGGCAGACCAGAGGCACGCCCAAUUCGCUCGCUAGGCAGAAGCAAGCGGAAUCUUUAUUCUCGUCUAAUACUGCGACUGUAUGCGGCUGGUCAUUGGGUAAAGCUGCUUGGUUGGAGUUUAUGGCGAGGUUAGAGGAAGGCCUAUGGAUUGCUGCUUCAAUGGAAUCUCUGAAAGACCCUCAAACUGUGGAACCGGAACGACAAAGGUUUAUUGAGACCUUUGGCGGUGAUAUUAGUGCAACUGACUGCCUGAGUAGUGACCAAACUCUGGACAAUCAACUGCAGAAGUCAUCACAAGAGUUCAUGGUUCGCCAAGCGUUAUGGCUCACCAGUAUGACGCGAGGGAAGGUGGGCAAGUCUCCCUGCCUUGAUUUCAACCAAAUCGAUGGCCAUAAGCUUGAUGUCUCUCAACGAGGCGUAUUUCGCUUCACUUAUCGGUUGGAGAACGAGCCAAAGAUCACAUUGGAUAUCAAACUUGGCCCUUCCAUUGCCCCGCUUGAAAGCGACGAUAUUCGCACCAUGCAUUUUACGUUAUCAGGCAUUGAUAUCCGGACCCCAACAGGCUAUACUCUCAUAGUUCCCGCUUACAACUCGGCAUGCACCCUGCCUAUAUCCGUAAUGAGAAAGCACAAAAACGGUUCUGACCUCCUUGCUCUCUGGAGAAUGGUCCGGAAGCGGGCUGAGUCAACAUCUUUUGCACGAGAUUCAUUGGAUGUCGAUUCAGACUAUCCCCCAGAACUAUGUGUGUCGCCCAUAGGCGAAAAGGGAGCUACUCUUCCCGCGAAACGUCCAGAAACUACUCAACAGCCUGAACGAAACGAUGCACUAUGGUUGUUGAAAGAAUUCAUAGAUUUGCGCUUUCCUAGUGGCGGUGCAUUUUGGACAGGAGACAUGGUCAGCUUUCCCCUGAGCACAGACGACGUCGCAGGUUUCACUAACUUUCUCAGGUUGCCUGCCAACUGCACACAUCCAUACGCUCAAUGGUGGUACGAGAAGCUCGUAUUGAAACCAAAGGGGCCACGCAAUUGGUCCAUUUGGCUUUCUUGCCUGCGAAGUACAAAGGUUGAACAUGUUAACGCGCCCAAAUCGGCCACUACCCCAGGCACCUAUCGCAAGAAAUGCGCAGUGAUUACUCUUGGACCUUUGUAG